UAAACACGUAGUAGAGAGAUAGAACUCUCUGGCCCUCUUCCCGUCUAUCUAUAUAGAUAGCUCGAAUUCAAGGCCAACAAUAUAAUAAACUCCUUAAAUUACAAAUUUACCCCGCAAAGGACCCCUUAAAUAUUUGAAAAAACCCUACCUUCAAUUUACCAUCAAGUAAACGUUAAGGUCUGAAAUUGUAAAGCAAGCCUUUUGAUAUUUACCCUCCACAAAUCUGUGUCUCAUCAUCAAUUCUUGUAUCUAUACAUACAUCUACUCAAGACGAGAGUUUUGUGGGGAUUGAAGAUCGAAAUUGGGCCUUUUGAAAUGAAACCCCUGUGUGAAUCUGUAGAAAAGGUGAUUUCAAAUGAUGAUCUUUUAACUCUGAUUCUGUUAAGAGUCCCAGCAAGAUCACUUUUGCAGUUGAAAUGUGUGUCAAAACAUUGGCUUUCUCUUAUCAGUGCUCGUCUAUUUUCGAUCCUCCGUAAUGCUAUUCCUCUCCGGGCCUCUGCAUUGUUCCUUCAGCUCCCCCCUUCCUUUUAUGGUGUACCUUGUGAGAUCAAUUUUGUUCCGUUAGACGAUACCACCUGCAUUGCUAGUUCCCCCUUUAGAAACCUCACUUUUGCAAAUGAUCCGGGGAAUAUUUCAAGAAUACGUAUUGUGCAGUCUUGUGGCGGGCUAUUGUUAUGUUCUUCUUGCCCAUUUUGUACCUCAAUUUCGGAAUUUACACUAUACGUUUACAAUCCGACUACCAAUUACUUAGUUACUCUUCCUAAACAUUGGCCUGCUUAUUAUACAAGUAUUUUUGCUUUUGAUCCAUCAAAGUCACCUCAUUUCAAAGUUUUUGUCUGCGCUUCACCACCUGAAUUGUCUACUGAUCAGGGACGGUUUCAGAUUUACUCCUCUGAAACGGGGUCUUGGAAGGCCUCUGGCCACGCUUUUAAUUUUACAUCCAGGGCUGAUAAACUUGCUUGGAGAAAUGGUGUCUAUUUUAAUGGGUGCAUCCACUGGAUAGGUAAAUUGGAAUAUGGUUGUUCCUAUUUUAAUUUGGAUGAAGAAAGGCUACACACAAUGCCAAGACCUCCCGUUGGUCAGAUUUUCGAUGUUGGAGUUUCUGAAAACCAUUUGCAUGUUAUUGAGGUUCAUUCUCAUGAUUAUACCGUCCAAGUGUUUGAGAUGAAGAAUGAUUACUCGGGCUGGAUUGUUAAGUACAAGAUUGAUCUUUCUUUGGUCUGUCAAGUCUUUCCAGAGAUGACCCGUAGUCGUCAUUUAUUUAAAAUUCUCUCACUUGUUAGAAGAGAAAUCUGCAGGGAGGAUUCUUUUUUGGUAUUUAAGAUACCUGGUAAGGUUAUACGUUAUAAUCUUGUGGAUAAAAGUUUCAAACCGAUAUGGGAUAUUCCUGCAUCUGAUCCUCUGACGAGACCUCGCGGAGAUUAUAAAGCUUAUCAGUACUUUGAAUCUCUCUCAUAUGUGUAACUUCUGCUUUCCUAUGUGGUGAAAUUUUAGGCAGACUAUAUGGAGUCAGCAAUGUAAUAAUGUGAAUAUGUGAUUGCUUCACCUAGCUGAAGCUUCAGUUAUAUGAUUCAGUGAACUUCAAUAUUUGUAAGUUAUUUCAGUUUGUUACAAUAAGCUGUUAGUUUUUGCAGACUAUAUUGCUUGGUUAUAUGGUUUUAGUAGGUAGUAGCAAUGAACAUUAUUUCUGGUAAUAUGACGUUAUGGAUGCUGAUCUUUUUAUAAUUAAACCUGUUGUUCUUCAUGUUUUAUAUCAAUUGUAUUAAAUUCAAGAAACUUUACACGAAUAUUGACUUCAACUUCCUUCCUACCCGUGGUUUUGAGAUAAUCAAGGCAGUACAUCGUCAGAUUUAAAAUGGUACAGAAGGGACAGGUUUUGUGCAUCAUUAAGGCUAUGAAAAAAUUAAUGAAAUAGCGGUACAGCGUCUAGCAUUCCAAUCAAAAUUCUAUUGACAUAGGGUUCUGCAGAAUAUUUUAAUCGUAAUAUAUGUUCUUCGUGUAUCUAUUACUUUCAAGAUGUUUUUUGCAGUCUUCUGAUUAUGCAGUUCUAGAAAAUAAGGUGUUGUCCUUGUUUGAAAGUUAAUAAAUUAAGUUCGAUUGUUAGUUACCUCUCUGAUGAACAUAUAUGUUUGACUUUAUUUUCGAGUACUAUCUGUUCUAAUAAGCCUCAUUUACACCUUAGUAUAAUUGUUUGCAACUAAAAAUUGGUUCACCCUUGGCUUUUCCCUAUACAUUUAUGUAAUUUAAUGUUUAUUUUGCUAACUAACUCCAACUAGGUAACCCAGUUACCAAACGGUUUUAACCCAAGUUAUAGAAGCAGUGCUGAUAGAGCUUCACUUGCCCAACUCUCUCUUCAGGAUGGUAACUUCUACACGGGUUUGCUAAUUCCUUCUCUUCCGGUACAUAAUUAGCCUAGCGCUAAUUCAAAACCUGAUUUCGUUUAUUCUAAAAAAUCAAAAACUUGAUUUCUUCCUGAAGAUUCCUUCCAAUUUACUUCAUUUCAAAAAAGUUUAAUCAGUUGUUCUAAAAAUAUAUUGUCUCUUUGAUUUGAUCUUUUUUUGUGGGUUAAUGCUUCAUCUGAAUCUUGAAAAGAUGUUGAUAGUUGUAACUUAUAAGGUACUACAUUAUUUGAGUUAUUUUGAAUAUUUACUUCCUCAAUGAUUGUUCUUUAUUUAUUAAUAUAUUGUUUUAUUUACAAUUCUAAUUUUAUUAGACUUCUUUAUAUACGGAUUCUUAUUUGUUUGAUAUUUUUUUUGGACACUAACUGUUUGUUGUAAUGUCCUAAGAAAAAAUUGUCGUAUAAUAGCAGGUAUUCAAUGGAAGAUUCAAGUUUGGGAAAUUGUAUCUUAUUGCAAUUGUAUAAAUGAACUUUGGUAGAUGAACAGCUUAAUAAAUUGAUAUUAUCUAAUGAUAUAUGGAUUCUUAUACGUUUGAUAUUGUUUUUGGGACACUAACGGUUUGUACUUUGUUGUAAUGUCCUAGAAAAAAUUGUUGUAUAAUAACAGGUAUUGAAUGGAAGAUUCAAGUUUGGGAAACUGUAUCUUAUUGCAAUUGUAUAGAUGAACUUUGGUAGAUGAACAGGUUAAUAAAUUGAUGUUAUCUCAUGAUAUAUGAUGAUUUUUACCUUUCUACUUCCCAAUGCACUUUUAUAUAUGUAAGAUAUUCAUGGUCAACAAUUUGUUGAAUAUUAAACAAAUUGGUUUUUGCUAUUCACAACUCACUUUUUCUUGUUGAUAGUGAUUCACAUUAUGCAUAUGCCAGGUAAGUCUAAGUGCUUUUAAUCAUAUUAAUCAUGUAUUAUUAUUUAGUUUCUCUUAAAACCCGAAUCAUAUCUAUGCUUAUGUUACAGUUUCAUUAUUGAUUUUUGUGUUGUAUAUUUCCCAGCAACUUUACACUCUCAAACAGGAAUUCGGUUUGGACAAUAUACUUGAUGGUAUGAUUGUAUUGAUAGGAAUUGUGCCUUGCCUUUAGAGGUGUGACAUCGUACUCUCAUACUAUAUGUUCAGAUUUAGAGUUUUUUAUUGGACAAGGUAAUUUUAACUGAAAUGCGACUGUAUUAUCUAUGUAGAAGAAUUUAGAGCACUUUAGGUAAAAGAUUUCCAGCACUCACCCUCUGUAUUACAGGAAAUUAGCAUUAAACUUGACUGCUGCUGAUCGUGCUUCCUUUAUUAGCAUGUUUUUCAUUGACUUGAGAUGAAAAUUGCAAUAUGCAAUCAGUACACCAGAUUGGCUACAAUCAGAACCAAAUUAAGGUUUCUGCUGUGUCCACUUUAAACAUCAGAAUUAAGUAAAUGACAAUGCAUAUUGCACGAUACUUGCUCAAAAUGUUGUCCAUGGAGCAACUUAUCUGUACACUGUUGAUGGGAUUGCUAAUCUUCCUCCUCAUAAACUACUAUCAACCGGACUCUUUUCGUUGUACCUCUUCCAUCUCAGACUACUAUGCGAUGUUAACACCAUGAACGUUAUUUAGGAUGACUUUGUAGUUGAGGAAGGCUCGAUGAAUAUGAAGAGGUGCUGGUGUAGAUGUCGAGAUCAGUCCUAGAAGAAUGAUGCUAUGGAAUAAACAGUUGUUUUUGUCUAUAUUGCCUACGAUACUGUAGCCUGAAAGCUUUUUUGAAUGCUUCAUUAUCAUCUCCAAUGGUUUUUCCCCCCUAUUUCUUGUUAUCCGAGACAAUCUGUUCGUACUGAAAUACCUAGAAAUUGGAGAUUGUACCAAUUGGAAUAUGAACUACUUUUACAAGUGUAAUUGAAGCGUACUUGGAAUAUGAAUAUGAAGUUGAUUUGUUUGUA